AUGAAGGUUCUAAAACUCCCGUGGCUCGCACAUAAAGAGGAGCAUCGAAAGUACGAAGUGUACGCGGCGGAUGUGAGCCCCGAUGGUGAGCGCUUGGCCACUGGUGGUCUGGAUGGAAAGAUUAGGAUAUGGUCUAUUCCAGAUAUCCUUAGAGUGGUACGAAAAGAUCCAAGGCUUGACGAAGAAGCCAAAGUACCGCUGGCAAGCAUGAGUAGACAUACUGGCUCCGUAACAACCGUUAAGUUCUCACCCGAUGGGAAGUUUUUGGCUUCUGGCUCUGACGAUCGGAUUCUGCUGAUUUGGGAGAGAGACGAGGAACAGAAACAACCCAUUUUUGGUUCAGAAAGCGACAAGGAACAUUGGAAUGUUCGACGGAGACUGGUAGCUCAUGAUAACGAUAUACAAGAUAUAUGUUGGGCUCCGGAUGGCAGUAUUUUAGUGACUGUUGGGCUCGACAGAUCCGUUAUUAUAUGGAAUGGAUCGACGUUUGAGAAAAUCAAGCGUUUUGACGUGCACCAGUCCCUAGUCAAAGGUGUAAUCUUUGAUCCAGCAAAUAAGUACUUUGCAACUGCUUCAGAUGAUAGAACUUUGAGGAUAUUCAGAUAUCAUAAAGCCGGUGAUUUGAACUUCUCGAUCGAACACGUUGUUUCCGAGCCAUUCAAAGGCUCGCCAAUCACUACGUACUUCAGGCGUCUAUCAUGGUCGCCGGAUGGUCAACAUAUAGCUGUACCGAACGCUACUAAUGGACCUGUUUCAUCCGUCUCAAUUGUAUCGAGAGGAAAUUGGGAUACAAAUGUGACUCUAAUCGGACAUGACUCUCCAACCGAGGUCGUCAGGUUUAACCCCCGACUAUUUCAGGUUAUAAAAGAAAACAAGACGAAAGGAUCUCAGAGUGACACCAGGGUUGACGAUAAUAAACCCGAAGAGAAUACUGAUGCUGCGGAAGGCCGAAGUUUGGGAGAUAAUUCAGACACCAAUUCCGCGGAAACCGAGGAUUCUGUCGAAGAAAAAGUGGAUUCCAUCAUUGCAACAGCGGGACAAGAUAAGACACUCGUUCUUUGGAGUACAGGUAGGGCUAAACCACUGCUGGUAGCCUAUGAUAUAACUAACAAGUCAAUCACGGACAUGGUAUGGAGUCCUGAUGGUACCAUCUUGUUUUUGACAGCGCUAGAUGGCUCGAUUAUAACUGUUGUUUUCGAAACCGGGGAGCUUGGUAACGCCAUACCACUUGAAAAGAACGUUGAGCACCUCCAUAGAUACGGUGUCGACAAGGACUCUUUUGAUUUCCCAGAAGGUAUUAAGCAGCUAGAACUCGAAGACAAAGCCAAGCUUCUGGACCAAAAUCGCAGUCCGCUUGAUAUGUAUUCACUGGAAAAACCAGAACAAGUUCUCCCUAAUAAGAUGCCAGGGACUGCUCAAGCGCCUACAAUUUUAUCCGUCAAACGAAAGGAGCCAUCUUCGGACAACAACAUACCUACUACGCUGGAAAAAAGAGUAAAGCCUGCAGCAAUUGGCGUCAACAAAGACAGUCUUAACCAAAUGGUAGUAAAAAAUGGUCGCAAAAGGGUUGCCCCUACACUCAUCUCAUCGGGAUACUCACCAACAAAGCCAACAGAGACAAAGCAACCGUCUUUCAAGGAUCAGAGUCCGGCUUUGAAAAAUAUUGAAGCGAAGGACCUUUUUGAUAAUUUAAAAGACAAAAUUUCAUGCCAAGCAUAUCCACUUCCGAGAUUGGGAGUUCAUUCCUUGAUCAUGGGAGUAAGGCAACGUGGCGUGGACAAAUUUCACCGUGAAGAGGAAAUUACUGAAAAGGUACGGGACACCCAAGGUGACGCUCGAGAGAGUGAUACUGACGCAGAGAUUGAACAUGUCAUGAGAAUAAAUUCCAAAACAACCGCAGACAAGGUCUUUAGUGAUGAACCCAAUACUAGAUACGUGGAGACACCAUCGGUGCUACCUGAUGCUGACGUAGUACUGGUUGAAUUUGGUGAAUUAGAUGAUAUGUACAUCAUGGAGAUACGCAACGGUGUAGAACGCGGUCUACAAUUUGAGCGUGAAGCCCUAGUUGAACAUCCUACCCGGAUUCUCGGGUAUCAUCACAGUGAAAGAGUCAUGGACCUAUUAAUACCUGAAGUCGUUAUAUGUGCCGUUGGAUCUGUUCAAUGCAAGUGUUGGGCCCUGGCCACCGCUGAAGGAAACCUUUUAAUCUAUACAUCUUACGGGCAACACAAACUGCCCAAAAUCGCUCUAGGACACAAGGCUGUCAAGAUGGUGACCAUCGCCAGGUUUUUGAUUGUGUUGACAGAAUCCGGACUACUUUAUGCUUGGGACAUCGAAAACGGCACAUGCGUGCAUAAGAAGGUGCCUGUCAUGCCUAUCCUGUACGGUUCCCCGGCCGAGUCAAAUCGCGUGCGCGUCCAGAAAAAGAUCAUGAAGAUAUCUAUGGAUUUGAAAUCUCGCGAUCUGCUUGUUGCUUUCAUGAACCCACAAGAAUCCUUUUCAUGGAAUGCAGACCUUGGUUGUUGGGGCUUCUGCAACCCCGAAAAUACUCAUGUGCAGCCGGCCGCCGAUAAACUGACGCCUAUGUCAGCCCCCACUAAAGUGACAUCCACUUGUUGA